AUGUGGAACGAAUUUACCCAACCAAGGCAGAUCAUUAUCAACCAAGGAACCGAAUGUGAGUUUGCUGUGGCACAUGUGUACUUUGACGUGCUGGAUCGAAUGGCAGUUCUGGACAGAGAUUUACAAGAGACUAUUACACCUCCCCUAGCUGAAGGUCCUGUGGCACCUCCUGUGACAGUGAAUUAUGAAGAGCACGAAACAAACGUUAUAAUCGCAAUAAACGAUUCAAUUACCAAGGUCUUAAGCUCGGACCCCAACAUCAACAGUUCCGAAGAAGCUCAGGGAGAUCCGACCGCAGUGGUUCAAGACAAGCCGCUGCCAAUCUUGACUGUAUUCGAGUGGCCUGUUGCCAGAAAGAAGCCGUCGGCUGGUAACUGA